CUGAAUAUGCUAAUUGCUGUACUUGUUUGAUGGAGAGUUCGUUGCACCUGGCUAUGACACACAUUUGUUCGGGUUGACGAAGACGUUAUAAGUUGUAGUAGUGGGCUUAAAGAAGGUCAGCGACUUGCUUCAGUAUGGCCAAGUUCACGGUCGCUCACGGUUACUUCUUCACAUCCAACUAAAAACCCGCGCUUAGUAGACAAGUGUUAUCAUGGAUAAGUUUUGGUGGCCGUUGCUGUUCGGCUUUUUCAUCAUACCGUCGGUCCUCCCUGCAACCAGAUUUGUCCCAAAAUGGAAGAAACAGAAGACUUUCAAAAACGCUUGUGAGAUUCCGUCCUCCCAGAACGAACAUUCGCAUUACGUCUGCGACGAUGAUGGAGAGGUGAAGUGCCUUCCAGGAUGGACAGGCGACUUGUGCGACGUGCCAAAGUGCCGUUCUGGCUGCGAUCCAUUGCAAGGAUAUUGCAACAGGCCGGGUGAAUGCCUCUGCAAGCUCGGUUAUUACGGAGAGCGGUGCAACAAAUGCAUACCUCUACCGGGAUGCCAGCACGGUACUUGCAAUGUCAGUUUUGAGUGCAUAUGCCAUGAAGGCUGGGACGGCCUGUUCUGCUCCGAACCAUUAUGCAGAUUGGAUUGUCAUCUGACAAGAGGCUACUGCGAUCAUCCUGGUGAAUGCAAAUGCCGUUUGGGAUGGGCCGGAAAGACGUGCAAGGAAUGUCAAGUAUUGCCAGGAUGUCAGCACGGAUAUUGCGAGAAGCCCUUGGAAUGCAAGUGCCGUCCCGGUUGGACCGGUAUACUUUGCCAAACACCCCUUUGCUCGAAGACCUGCCACAGGGACCGCGGAUACUGCAGGAAACCAGGAGAGUGCAGAUGCAAAGUUGGUUGGUGGGGUAAGAACUGCGAGAAGUGUUAUCCUUAUCCGGGAUGCGUGAACGGAGGAUGUAAUCGGCCUUGGGAAUGUAACUGCAGACCCGGUUGGGGUGGAAUGUUGUGCGAUGAAGAAUUGAACUAUUGCGAGAAUAACCCUGGUACAUGUCAGAAUGGGGCAAAAUGCGUUAGCGUGACGAAAGAUGAUGGCAGUUUCAGAUGCUUGUGCAGAGAAGGAUCUUCUGGAAGGAAUUGCGAAUACUCACAGUUCACCACGAUGAAACCGAUGACUCAGAUGACUAUGUUAAAUAGAACCACGACCUAUAUUCCAUUAUCGACACUCUCUUCUGUAACUGAAUCUUCGGUACAUAGCAACAAUGUAACUGAAUCACCUAUUUUAUCGUCGACUUCAACGACAACUACGACUACAGAGGCUGUGACUAUUGUUAACGCCACUAGCACGGAAGAAGAUGACAAGGAUAAGGAGAAGGACGAGCUUUUAGAAAAUAAUGAGACUUUGUAG